UCCAAGUGAAAGAUGUCAGAGAGCUGCUCAGUGUUGUCUAUUCUUAAAAGAAGCAGAUUGACGUCUAGCAACAAUGUGAAAUAUUCCAGCUUUAAAGACUCUUAUUCCACUUCCAUAUUUCAUGACAGCGGAUACAAUGCAUCAUUAAAAGACUCAAGUUUUGAUCAUACUGAUGCAGGACAUAAAGAUGAACUGAGCUCAAGAGGUGUAUCAUUACUACAUGAGUAUUCCGAACAUACACACCCUAAUUUAGUAAUUCCAGUGUUGUCUCCCAUUGAAAAUGAAAGGAAUUCUAUCUCCUUAGCUGAAAGAAAAGAGGUAAAUAUAGGCACAGAUUUUUUUGAAACUCCUAAAGUAAGUAAAAAAGACUCAUCACUGCGUAGGAGACUGCUUCUGUCUAAAACUGCUUUGGGAGGCUCUGUAGGAUGCUUUGAAAGACAAGCCAAUGCUUCAGGUUGCAGUAGGAAAAAAACAUUAUCUCAUGCUCUCAGUUUUGAAGAAAGACUUUCAAAAAGUUCUUCACAUUCUCCAAGAGAUAACACUUACAAACCUCUAGCUACUAGCACUUUAAAAACUGAGGAGUCUAGUCCUGCUUGCCAAAAAUUGAGGCUUUCCUUUUCACAGCAAAGGACGUCUACAGUAGAUGAUUCCAAAUGUAGAAAUGACUUCUUGUCAGAACCUGAAUGUUUAUCUCCAAUUCACCCUAAUACUUCUAAAGACAUUAUUCUUGACAAGAUUCCUAAUGAGUUCAAUGAUAAUGCCCUUACAAGUAUUAAUGAUGAAAGCACCUAUCUGGAACUGCUCACCACACCUGCAUGUUGUAUGUUGUCUGAAACAAAUGAAGAUCAAUUUCUGACUCCAGUCAGCAACCUAAUAGCAGAUUUUAACUUGGAUUUACUUGACAUAAAUGCUCCUCUCACUCAUGUGGUAAGUGACUCAGACCUUUCAGUGCCUGAAGACAGUGGGUUUAAUUCUCUUGGCUUGGAUAAAUCAGAAGAUUCCUCUUCAGAUCAUGAGGGAUCUUUCCAAGAACUUCUUCAAAAACAGAAGGAAGUUUCUGAACUUCUGGAUGUUAAAAGAACGUUAAGAAAAUUAGACCGAGCAAGGAGGUUAUCCACCCUUCGGGAACGGGGUUCACAGUCAGAGACAGAGGAAGACUAUGAUAUUACACUAAUUAAUUCAGAAUGUAGAUCAAAAAUAGCAAGAGACCCUACCAGUGAAGACACUGGAUUGGUUUUUAAUGAGGAGAAUAGUGAAGAUUUGGUUCUAAAUCUUGGGGACUUAUCAAGAACUCCUGCUUUACAAAUAGUCCAUGAAAUCUUCAUGCGAAGCAAAAGAAAAAGACCACAACAAAAUGGAUCCUUGGAGAACUCUGAGAGAGAGAAAAUGUCUGUAAUAGAAUAUAUUCUUGCUGGACUUAUAGGCAAGAAAAUGGGCCUUGAAAAAUUAGAUAUUUUAACAGAAUUAAAAUACAGAGAUUUAAAGCAUAUUCUUGCUAUAGUUUUAGGUGCUUUGACUGUGGAAAGUCUAUGCAGUAUUUGGAAAGUAAGCAAGAACUGGCGUGAAAUUGUUAUACAAGACAAAAAUGCGUAUCUCAGGAGAAAGCUGUACAUAAAACAGCUGAAGGCAGAAGCUGGGGGAUGUCUCUUGCAUGUUGAAGAUGCUGCCACGCGACUUAAUAUUCUAAGUAGAUCUGCUUUAAGGCCUGUUCAAGCUCAAGCUAAAACUGCUGUAUUGCAAACGCCACCUUCUUGCAAUGAACUUUUAACGCCUAUAAUAUGCAGUUCUGUUCCCCAGUCAACUAGUAAACAGGAAGAGUAUGUUAAGAUUGCCAAAACCCUUUUUAUUGAUGAAGCUUUAAAACCUUGUCCAAGAUGUCAUUACCCAGCUAAAUAUCAGCCUUUAAAGAAAAGAGGACUAUGUAGCCGAGAAGCCUGUGCAUUUGACUUCUGUAUUUUGUGCUUGUGCUCUUUCCAUGGGUCAAAAGAGUGCAGAAGUGCAUCUGCAAAGCGACGAAAUAAAAAGGAUGCUCUUCCAGGAAGUGCCCAAAGCAAGAGAAAUUUAAAACGACUCUAA